AGUUCCACUCAAACUCACUUACAGAUGGAGAGACCCAGCCGCUUCGUUCACAGUCCUGUCAAACCGACGUGACAGCACAAGCCAAAGCGCCGCUACUUUCCCAAGGCAUAUGUUGAGAGCUCAGGCUUUAGUGUAAUCAUUUAUCCAGGUGAGGUGAUCUGACGCACCGUUUUUCCACGCAUCUAUUCCCUCCAGCGCCUCGGCUCCAUGACGGGACUGUGUGCGCUCUGCCUGACCGCGCUGCUCGCAGCAUUCGCCCGGCGGGCUGUAAGCGUCAGCCCAGUGGUCCGCUGCGAGCCAUGCGACGACGGGGCAAUGGUGCUGUGUAAACCGCUGCCCCGGGACUGCCCGGAGCCGGUAAAGGAGCCAGGCUGCGGGUGCUGCAUGACUUGCCCGCUAACCGAGGGCCAGGCGUGCGGAGUGUACACAGGGCGCUGCGGUACCGGGCUGAGCUGUCAGCAUCGCCCCGGGGAGAGCAAACCUCUGCAGGCUCUGCUGGAGGGACGGGGCGUGUGUGCGAAGGCACCGGACAAAAAGCCCAGCGGCAAUCCAUCGCACGGACACGAUAACCUUGAAGAGGAAGGAGAAGAACAUAUCUCCAAUGGUACCAGGGCAACUGGCGCCGGGGGUGCUGAGACAGUCCAGGACACAACAAUUGUUUCCGGAGACACGCAGGGAGGACCGAGGAUGGCAAUAGAGUCCAUAGAUCCUAUGUCGCACCACAAAGAAGAAACGAUCAAAAGAGAUCAGUUAAAGAUACGUCGGAUCUUUAAAGGGGAACCAGUUUCCAGAGGGGUUCAUACAGAUAUUCACAACUUCAGUCUGGAGUCAAAGAGAGAAACUGAAUAUGGCCCAUGUCGUCGGGAGAUGGAGAGUGUUAUGAAGAAUUUAAAGAUCUCAAAUGUGCUGAACCCAAGAGGCUUCCGCAUUCCAAACUGCGACCAAAAGGGUUUCUACAAGAAAAAACAGUGCAGUCCAUCCAAAGGCCGCAGAAGAGGCUACUGCUGGUGCGUAGACAAGUAUGGACAACCCAUACCCGGCUACGACGGAAAGGAGAAAGUCCACUGCACUAACAUGGAGACAAAGUGAAGGGGAGAGAGAGGCAGAGCGGUGGAAACAGGGAGACAAGAGGGAUAUCCCCCCUUUAAGAACUACAUGAAUACAAAUUCAAAAGUGCUGUCCCAAAGCUGACCUCCCACUUGUAUGCUGAGGCAUGGACUCACGUGACCAGAACCUCACUUUACACUUCAGGAGAGUGGGGAGAACGAGAGGAGACAGAGAGAGUGUCAUGUCUUCAGUUUUGGACUGUAUCCUGAGAGGGAAGUGUGAACAUAGUCUAAAGUACAAACAAAUUUUUUACUCCGUAACGGCAUGCUAUGUACUCUUGUGUACAUGAGGGAGGUUGUGUACUUGUUCCGUCUCUCUCUUCUGCUACAGCGUGUAUCGCUCUCUGCCGGCGGCUCUCUCUAAGUCCUACUUCCUGUUUCUGCCCUCCUGGUGUAGGGUCGUUUAAACUGGGCAUGCUCCGUGGCACUAGGCGGCUCUAGCCAUAGACUCCAUCUGAAGCACAAGCACUUCAUGCACUUUGGCCCCUCUUGAACACGUACUCCAGCCUGUCACCAGGCCAACAGAUAAAUAAAACAAUUAGACCAAUUAUAAACGAUUCUAUACCAGGACAUAUUUAGAUUUACACCCUUUUUGUUUAUAUAGUCUUACAUCGGACGCAGAGCUGUUAGCUUGUGUUGUCGGGACAGCAUUGAUAUGCACCGCAUGGGCAUUAUCUCACUUUCAAUACAUUAUGAAGCACUUUGAUUGUUGCUCCAGUCGCUGACUAUCAUUGUCCAUCACAUUUCUAAGUCUUUGCUGAAAGCAUGUAUUUUGCGCGACGUCUUGUUUAUGGGUUUGAAUGUAACCAUAACGCCACAGUGCCCUGAAUUACUUUUGCAAAAUCAGUGUUGCUAUGGCAGUUUGUGAAAUCGAUGCCUUAACAGAAACCCGUGUGGAAAUGUGUCGCAGGUUUGUUCGCCCUCUGCCUCUCUAAAAAUCCAUAUCGAUCGCCCCAGUAGGAAAGCUACAGGCUAACCGCCAUGGCCAUGUUCGAUAACCAGGGCUAGUGUUGUCUCAAAACUGACCUCCUGAGAAAAGACUUGAAAGGUGGAGGGUGCCAGAGAGGUAGCCCACACGUUAGCUUAUUAGCAUAGCGUCAACAAACAGCUCACCCCUUUCCUAAACAGCUUAAGAAAAGAUGAACAAAAAUAUUUGGUGCUACACCUUAUCUGACUUGAUUAUUGGGAAAGAGCAUACGAGUGUGCUAAGCUAUUAGCCCUUCCUUAACUUGUAAUUUUGUCUUGUGAAUUUUUUUUAUAUGAAUAUAUACAGUAUAUUGUUUCAGACCAGCUAAAGAGGCAUGUGAACUUUAUGCUAAAAAGAUUAUUUAUCCAAGAAAGAAAUAUAAGCUGAUCCAAACUUUAUCUUUGAGAACAAUUCAGUGACCCGUUGAUUGCACAGUAGUGAAACAUAGAACUCAGCAUAUUUUUGGGAAUAUAAUCACUAAAGUCUUUUGUUUUUGUUUUAGGUUUGUUGUUUAUCUACAGUGCGGAGUACGAUGUGUCUUUUGUUAGCUUAGCAUAGAUGCUGUCCUUGAAUCGUUUUGUGUAAGGUUUAGUUUAAAUCUUCAGGUUUUGUAGGCCUUCUACGGUAUGAAUUAAGCUAAAUCUAAGCUUAACUUUAGCUAACCUAAGCUAAACUAAGCUAAAUUAAAGUGAACGCCAAGAUUCAGUAAAGCUGAGGCCGAGCUUGUGUUUCAAAGAACAUCAAGGUCAAUGUUCAAGCUAGUUGAUCUUCAAGAAAGCUUGCCAUAUUCUUUCUGUGCAAUGCCAGGGUCUCUUACCCGCAAGUCACUUUUAAAGAUCCCUCCGUUCACGGGUAAUUGCUUUUUCUUUUCUUUUUUUUCUUUUGAUUCUUUAAAAAGCUUUUAUGUUACUAAACUAGAAAUUAUACAGCUAUCACUUUCUUCAAGAAAGGAAAUGUUUUUUGUCCAAAUAUAAUUUGUAUUUAAUGCCUUGUUUGUUUGUUUGUUUGUUUUUAAUAAAAAAUGUAAACACUC